GCCACGUGACCUCGGAUGGACUCCUAAACGGCUCUGUCCUCCCUUUUCCUAGUGCGCUUUACAUGGCACUUAUAAUAGAGGCCUGUGAUACCCUAUAUAGUGCACUUAAUGUCUGAUGAGGAGCGUUUUGGGAUUUAGCCUGGAGGUCUAACUGGUAUACUGGAGCCCACAUGAAUAACCUUUAAGUUGCUAAUGAGGUUAUUAACGAUUGAAACAGGUGAAGUUAGAUUAGAUAGUUGAAUGGAUGUUGAAUAUUGAUAUUCUAACGCUUGCAAAGCGAUUCAAUUAAGAACAGGUUUACAUACAUGUUUAUAUACAGCUAGCUAACAGGCUAGCCUCCCGUGCUUGCGAGUAAAUGUUAGUACAUUUCAUAAUAUAAGUGUUCAGCCAUGUCCGCCUCUAAAGCGUUGUUUCUGAGUGUGUUAAGGCACAGAGUUGCUGUAAAGCUGUGGAGGAGAAAUGUCACCACCUGGUCACCUGUUGGAGCUGCUUUCAACGCCAAAGCUGUCCGAAGACUGGAUCUGUUUCAACAAAAUGUGGGUUUGUUUGGCAUUCCUGAGCUGAGCUGCACAGAUGGAUUUGAGGUGAUGCAGGAGAAAGCUCUGCAGGAGACCGAGCACCUGGUGGAGAAAGCUUGCAGCACGCCGCCUGGCCGUGUGACUGUGGAAACAUUUGAUAACCUCUCGGACAGUUUAUGCAGAGUGGCUGAUCUGGCAGACUUUAUUAAAGUGGCCCAUCCUGAUCCAUUGUACCGAGAUGCAGCAGAGAAAACCUGUAUACAGAUCGGUACUACAGUCGAGAAGCUUAACACAAAUGUUGAGUUGUGUAAGAGUUUAAAGGACCUGUUGGGUAAUGAAGAGGUGAUGGCCAAACUGGAUCCAGAAACAAGGAGAGUUGCUGAGCUGUUCAUGUUUGACUUUGAGAUAAGUGGGAUUCACCUGGAUGAAAAACAGAGGAAAGAAGCAGUCAAGUUGAAUGUUCAGCUGUUGGAUCUCAAUAAUCAGUAUCUUAUGGGCUGCCACAUGCCAAACCGAAUAGACAUGAGAGCACUCCCUAAACACAUCCUCCAUCAAUUUACCAACGAAGGGAAAUACGUACAGAUUGGGGGACUGCAUGCUGAUUCACCUGAUGAUCUGAUUCGGGAAGUUGCCUACAGGAUUUUCCUGUACCCAAAUGAAAAUAUGAUGCGCACCCUUGACGAACUGCUGUCUUGUAGACAUAAACUGGCUAAGCUGGUCGGCUAUAAAUCUUAUGCACACAGGGCGUUAAAAGGGGCCAUGGCCAAAAGCCCAGACACUGUGAUGACCUUCCUGCAGCUUUUGACAGACAAACUCAAAGACAGGACUGAAAAAGACUUUCAGAUGAUGAGAGAAAUGAAGACCAGAUUCAAUCCCAGAAAUCCAGAUCUUAUGCCAUGGGAUCACCCCUAUUUGAGUGGUGUUGUACGUGCUGAGAGGUUUAACAUUGAGCCAAGCCUCUACAGCCCUUAUUUCUCACUCGGAGUCUGUAUGGAAGGUCUGAACAGACUUUUUACACAGCUCUUUGGUGUGUCACUUUUGGCUGAACAGCCUAGUGCAGGAGAAGUGUGGAGUGAGGAUGUACGCAAACUGGCAGUGGUACAUGAAUCUGAAGGAUUGCUGGGAUACAUUUACUGUGACUUCUUCUAUAGACCAGACAAACCUCAUCAGGACUGCCAUUUCACUAUCCGUGGAGGACGGCGGCUGGACGAUGGCCAGUACCAGUUGCCGGUGGUGGUGCUCAUGCUGAACCUCCCUCAUCCUACCAAGAGUGCACCUACUCUCCUCACACCAGCCAUGAUGGAGAACCUCUUCCACGAAAUGGGUCACGCCAUGCACUCAAUGCUCGCUCGCACACGUUACCAGCAUGUUACUGGAACGAGGUGUGCCACUGAUUUCGCUGAGGUGCCUUCUAUACUAAUGGAGUACUUUGCCACUGAUUAUCGUGUGAUCGGCCAGUUUGCUCGCCACUAUCAGACAGGACAGCCUUUGCCUGAGAGCAUGGUGGCACGACUUUGCGAAUCCAAGAAAGUGUGUGGUGCUGCUGACACACAACUUCAGGUUUUCUAUGCAGCUUUGGACCAGGUUUAUCACGGCAAACCCCAAACACGAUCAACAACCGAUAUCCUGAUAGACAUGCAACAGAAGUACUACGGCUUACCUUAUGUUCCCAACACAGCAUGGCAGCUGAGAUUCAGUCACCUCAUUGGCUACGGGGCCAAGUACUACUCUUACCUGAUGUCUCGAGCUGUAGCCUCCAUGGUCUGGAGGCAGUGUUUCCAUAAGGACCCCUUAAACAGGGAAACUGGAGAGCGCUACCGGCGAGAGAUGCUGGCUCAUGGGGGAGGGAAGGAGCCCAUGCUGAUGGUGGAAGGCAUGUUGCAGAAAAGACCGUCCAUCGAGGAUUUUGUUGAUGCCCUCGUCUCUGAACUGGACCCAGAUUUUGAGACAUUCUUCAUGGACUCAGAGGGAUGAAUCACUACCUCUCAAAUCCUACUCUGAAUAAAAGGGAAGGUCCUAGAACUCAGCGGGGGCUGUCUAGGGUCACAGUUAUACACUUUAAUGCUGCAAUCCGUUCUGAAGUGAUUAAGGUUACGUGUUCCACAGUGAGAUCUCUGAAUAGGGUCCUUUUCUGUAGGUGUUGAAUAUAAAGGCCACUAGAAAUAUGAUACAAUUUUUUUUUUUUUAUGCCCAAGCCAAAGCAUUUUACACUGACAAUCCAACAUUAAGUUGAUAUAAGCAGAGAUGCGAUUUCGUUUGCCAUUUAUGUUGUUACAAUUAGCAAUACAAAUGCUAGUUUUACCUGAGGCAGCAAUAAAACACAAAACAUAAAGCACAGAGCUAACAUGCUACAGCUAUAUCAUAGCUUUAUACUAACAUUGAAAAUGUUAUCCGAAGCAGAAUUUCCAUCACUUGUUUCCAACAUGCACUAUAUAGCCAAAAGUACGUGGACACCUAAUAAUCACUUCAAACUGAACCGCACCACAUCUUCAGCCUGUAAAGGCUUUGGUAAUCAGAUUAAUCAAAGUGUGUUAAAAAAGCUAAAGUAUGUCACUUGGUAAAGAACCUUUACCUUUAACAGAAACAUGAACCUAAUAAUUAGAAUGAAAUUAAUCCUUCUGUGACACAUGUAUAAUAUGCACUAAUUAUGCCUUAUUAUUUACUAAUUGCAUACAUGGAUAUACACCUAAAUCCCUAAGAGAACUAAUUUUCAAUGGAAAUCCUGCAUGAGUUCAUUAUAAUAUUUGAUGAGAAUAAUGUGUAAUUGAAUAGUGUUUUCAUUUUGGCCUCAGAGCUUGUGUUAAACACUGUGUUAAAUUGAGCUACUUUAACAUUUGUGCUUGCUGUUAUUGGGACCGGUCCAUUAAGGGUUCUUCUAAAGGGCUUGUAACCCUUUGAGAGCAAAACACUGCUGUAGGUCCAUAGAGAACCAUUAAAGUUUUCCAGGGUAUCCCCCAUGGAAAAAACCAAAUACUUUGAAAUUGAUUUAAUUAUUCACUCACAUUUAUUCACUCAGGUGCUGCCCUGUCUGUUUGUCUAUUUUUUUAUUAUUAUUAAUCUCUUUAUCCCUUCAUCUUUUUGAUCAUGGUCACUGCCUUAACUCAAAGCCCUAGACAUGUGAUCACAAAUUCCCUGCUAGCUUUUUUUCCCAUCUACAAAGCGCCUGUGGAAUGUUGGCUAAAUUCCUCCGGAGUGUCUUGAUUGUUAAGAAGCACCUAUUAAAUUAUAGUUUGUUUUUUUUUUGUACAUGGAACGUUCUUGUUAACAAUGUUCUGGGGAUUUUCAUCAAAUCCUUUAGACUCACUGAGAUAAAAUUGCUGUAGAUACAGACUGUAACCAACAACAUUAAAUUACAGGUAAACUACAGAGCUUCACAUUUUUGUAUUGAAUUAUGGUUGGAAGAGUUUGUUGUAAUUGAAAUAUCUUUUUAUGUAUGUAUUACUCUUGUUCAAUUCAGUGAUCU